AUGCCGCCACGGCUCCCACUCCUCCGCGCGCCCUCGCAGCCGUCGCUGCCCCCCCCCACGCGCGCCCUCUUCUUCUCCUCCACGGCCCGCGCAGCCCUCGACAUGCCGAACCAACCAGCAGCCUCCUCCUCGGCCCCGUCGAGACCGCCGCCAACCUCGUCGACCAGCAAUCUCCUGUCCAUCGACGGCAGGCGUGGCGGCGCCCACCAGGGGAGCCAGGACCGCCUCAGGGCCGGAAACGCCGCCGGCCGCCUCAUCGACCGCUACAAGAAGCGCGCCGAGAUUGCCGGCCGCAGCAAGCAGUCGCAGCUCGAGUUUAUGCACAAGAACAAGGACUCGCAGGACUAUCUGCGGCAGAUGCCCCGCCGCUUCGAGCCCGGGGACGUCUACUCCCCCCACGACCUCAGCCCCGUCGAGAUGGCCAAGUGGCGCCGGAGGUCGCAGCGGAACAACGAUGUCGUCGACACCCUCGGCAUCCGUCCGCUCGACAUGUACAAGAACUUCUCCCUCAUCCAAGACUUCACCACGUCCUCGGGCCAAGUCAUCCACUCGUCCGCCACGGGCCUUCGCCCCGUCAACCAGCGCAAGAUUGCAAAGAUGAUCCGCCGCGUCCAGGGCAUGGGCAUUUACCCCAGCAUCCACGACCAUCCCGAGAUGAUGAGGCUCAAUUUCUUCCCCGUCGGUAACGUGGAUAGGUGA